AUCUCAGAAAAAAUUGUACAGGGAUGUGAUGCUGGAGAACUAUAGGAACUUGGUCUUUUUGGGAUUUGCAGCUUCCAGACCAAAUGACAGUGACCAGUUGGAAAGAAAGGAAGUGUCUUCCUUGCCAGAGGCAGAUAUUCCAAGAAGCAGCUGUCCAGAGAGCAGAGAAUUUGCUGGAGAUAAACCUCUUGAAUGUAAUGGAUAUGGGAAUGCCUUCUGGAGCAAGGAGCAUCUUGCUGUGUGUCAGAUAAUUCGUACUGGAGAAAAACCUUAUGAAUGUAGUAAAUGUGGGAAAGGCUUCAGGAGUAAGUCUGAGCUUACUGUGCAUCAGAGAAUUCAUACUGGAGAGAAGCUUUUUGAAUGUAAGGAGUGUGGGAAGGCUUUCCCCUAUAACUCAUUUCUUACUCAACAUCAAAAAAUUCACACUAGAGAGAAACCUAAACCUUUUGAAUGUAGUGAAUGUGGAAAGGCCUUCAGGAUUAAGAAACAACUUACAGUGCACCAGAGAGUUCACACUGGAGAGAAACCUUAUGAGUGUAGUGAGUGUGGGAAGACCUUCAGGAUUAAGACACAACUCACAGUGCACCAGAGAGUUCACACCGGAGAGAAAAAUUAUGCAUGUGCUGCAUGUGGGAAGGCCUUCAGGAUUAAGACACAACUAAUACUGCACCAGAGAGUUCACACUGGAGAGAAACCUUAUGAAUGUAGCGAAUGCGGAAAGGCCUUCAGGAUUAAGACAAAACUUACACUGCAUCAGAGAGUUCACACUGGAGAGAAACCCCAUGAAUGUAGGGAAUGUGGAAAGGCUUUCAGGAGUAAGGAUCGUCUUAUAGUGCAUCAGAGAAUUCAUACUGGAGAGAAACCUUAUGAAUGUGGUGAAUGUAAAAAGGCCUUUAGGAGUAAGGAACAAGUUAAAGUACAUCAGAGAGUUCAUACUGGAGAGAUGCUUUAUGAAUGUAAGCAGUGUGGGAAGGCUUUCCCGUUGAACUCACAUCUUAUUCAACAUCAAAAAAUUCAUACAGGAGAAAAACCUUAUGGAUGUAAGGAAUGUGGAAAGGCCUUCAUGAGAAAGGCACAUCUUAAUGUGCAUGAGCAGAUUCAUAUUGGUAAGUUUCUUUUUGAAUGUAAGGAGUGUGGGAAGGGUUUCCCAUACAACUCAAGUCUUAUUCGACAUCAAAUAAUUCAUACUGGAGAGAAACCUUAUGAAUGCACUGUUUGUGGGAAGGCCUUCAGGACAACAGCAGGUCAUACUGAGCAUCAGAGAAUUCAUACUGGAGAGAAACCUUAUCAAUGUAGUGAAUGUGGGAAGGCCUUCAGGGUUAAGACACAACUUAAGCUGCAUCAGAGAGUUCACACUGGAGAGAAACCCCACGAAUGUAGGGCAUGUGGAAAGGCUUUCAGGAGUAAGGAUCAUCUUAUAGUGCAUCACAGAAUUCAUACUGGAGAGAAACCUUAUGAAUGUGGUGAAUGUAAAAAGGCCUUUAGGAGUAAGGAAAGACUUAAAGUACAUCAGAGAGUUCAUACUGGAGAGGUGCUUUAUGAAUGUAAGCAGUGUGGGAAGGCUUUCCCGUUGAACUCACAUCUUAUUCAACAUCAAAAAGUUCAUAUUGGAGAAAAACCUUAUGGAUGUAGGGAAUGUGGAAAGGCCUUCAUGAGAAAGGCACAUCUUAAUGUGCAUCAGCAAAUUCAUAUUGGUAAGUUUCUUUUUGAAUGUAAGGAGUGUGGGAAGGGUUUCCCAUACAACUCAAGUCUUAUUCGACAUCAAAUAAUUCAUACUGGAGAGAAACCUUAUCAAUGUACUGUUUGUGGGAAGGCCUUCAGGACAACAGCAGGUCAUACUGAGCAUCAGAGACUUCAUACUGGAGAGAAACCUUACGAAUGUAGUAAAUGCGGCAAAGCCUUCAGGAUUAAGUCUGAGCUUACUGUGCAUCAGAGAAUUCAUACUGGAGAGAAGCUUUAUGAAUGUAAGGAGUGUGGGAAGGCUUUCCCCUAUAACUCAUUUCUUAUUCAACAUCAGAAAAUUCAUACUAGAGAGAAACCUAAACCUUUUGAAUGUAGUGAAUGUGGAAAGGCCUUCGGGAUUAAGACACAGCUUACAGUGCACCAGAGAGUUCACACAGGAGAGAAACCUUAUGAAUGCAGUGCGUGUGGGAAGGCCUCCAACAGUAAGUCAGAGCUUACUGCGCAUCAGAGAGUUCAUACUGGAGAGAAACCUUAUGAAUGCAGUGAAUGUGGAAAGGCCUUCAGGAUUAACACACAGCUUACGCUGCAUCAGAGAGUUCACACUGGAGCGAAACCCCAUGAAUGUAGGGAAUGUGGAAAGGCUUUCAGUAGUAAGGAUUCUCUUAUAGUAUCUGAGAAUUCAUACUGGAGAGAAACCUUACGACUGUGGUGA